AUGAGCACGUUAACACUGCUGCUGCUGCUGCUCGUCUUGGCUGUUGCUUCUGAAACUGCAGCGAAACCUAAAAGCCAGUUCACACACUACCGUUCAUGGAACUCACGUAUGUAUCCUGUGUGGAAAGAUGGAGAUUCCAGAUUCAGGGACUGCUGGUCUGGUGGGCAAGUGACCUUUGACAUCAGAAACGAUGCACCUGUUCUGACUGGAGCCAAAGCCACCUUCAACAUUGACCUUCGUUUCCCACCAAACCAGACAGUGCUGGCUGAUGGGCAGGUGGUCUGGGCCCGUAACUGCAGUGUUGAUGGGAGACGGUAUCAAGAGGGUCAGGCUGUCUACCAGGACGCUGACUGGAAUGGAGUCUUCCCCGAUGGCUCAUCAUUCAACAGGGGGCAGAACAAGAAGCCCCAGUACGUGUUCGUCUGGAAGACAUGGGGUCGUUACUGGCAGGUGGCAGACGGGCCCUCCUCCUCGCUCACUAUCGGUACAGACAACGUCCCCCUGGGCUCCUACAACAUGGAGGUGGUCAUCUACCACUGCCGUGGCCAGGACAAGUUCAUUCCUCUUGGCUACGCGUCCACAGUGUUCUCGAUCACAGACCAAAUUCCUUUCACUAUAUUACUUGCCCAAGUCAACGAUGUCAACCAGAAUGACCAGAGCUUCAUCCAGAACCGAGCUAUAGCUUUCAGUGUCAAGCUACACGACCCCAGCCAGUACCUAAGUGACUCAGAUAUCACCUUCAACUGGGACUUCGGCGACAACAGUGGAACUUUGAUCUCAAGGGAGCAUACUGUCACACACACAUACCUCUCACUGGGCACCUACAAGCCUCAGGUGGUCCUAACGGCAAGCAUCCCGAAUGGCUGUGCAAACCCCACUGCUGUUGUUCCAGUGGACGCCUCUGCUGUUCCAGAGGUAGUUGUGAUUGCCUCCACCCCGGGAGCAGCCCUGACAGCCGACCCACCGGCACCAAACCAGGAGGGAGGUACCACUGCUCCUGAUGUGCCUGUUUCUGAAUCUGUUCCAAUUGAUGACCUCUCACUUGCUGCUUCUGUGCAGCCUGCCAAGGGAGCAGCAGGCGUGGAUGAUGGAGCUGCAGUAGCUAAUCUGGAUGCGGAGGGGGUGGAAGUGGCUUCGGUGGCCCCUGCGGUAGAGGAUGCAGCAGCUGUUACAGUGGCAGUGGUCCCUGCCAUCGUCGCCACCGUGGCAGACACAGCUGCUGCGCCAGGGGAGUUAGAUGUUAUUGCAGACGAGCCCAGCACAGCAGUGGCAGAUUCGGCCACUGCCGCUUCUGUUAUCCCUGCAACCGAAGAGCCAGCUGAGGUCAACGAAGCUGCUACAGACGCAAAUGUGGCUGUUAUCGACACUGCUGUUUCAGGCAACCCUGUUGCAGAUGCGGAGGAAGCCACAGUUGACCUUGGAGCCACAGCCUCUCCGGAGGUCCCCGAUGCUGCCACUGUUGCUCCCUCAGCAGAGGUCGCUGUAGUGCAGGAGCUUGAUGCUGCUGCAGAGGUUGUCCAGGCUGAGGCAGAAGUUCCAGUUGAGAAUACUGUUGUUCCUGCUUCCACCGAGAACGCAGCUGUUGCCGAGGCAGCCGCUGCUGACCCUGCUGCUGAUGCUGAAACAGAAGUGGUGGAAACAGUCAACGAGGUUCCACCUGCUGCAGAACCUGCAGCCGCUGAGGAGACGGUUGCGGCUGAAGGGGAAACAGAAGCAGCAGUGGAAGUUGAGGCAAAUACCAACCCGGCGCAGGUUGCUCUGGUUUUGGUAAAAAGACAAGCUCCAGCGUUGACGGCUGACUGCAUGGUGUACCGUUACGGCUCGCUGGCCACCUCCGUGGAAAUUGUCCAGGGUAUCGAGAGUGCAGAAAUUGUUCAGGUGGCCAGUGUCGUGUCUCUGACAACUGAAGUGGAGCAAAAUGCUGUGGACCUCACCAUCACCUGUCAAGGGAGUCUGCCAAAUGAAGUUUGCACUGUCAUUUCGGAUGCUGACUGUAUCACACCCAUGGAGACAGUGUGCAACGCUGCCAUUCCAUCUCCAGACUGCCAAAUGAUCCUCCGCCAGUUCUUCAACGACUCGGGAGUAUUCUGCAUCAACGUCUCUCUGACCAAUGACGUCAGCCUCGCUGUGGCAAGUGCCAGAGUCAGCGUGACAGUAGGUCCGAGUGGUUCCCCAGCCGGCACUGUAGCUGCAGUCUUGGGCGUCUCUGCUCUCGCGUUUCUUGUUGGUGCUAUUGCUCUGAUGUACAGGCGAUUUAAGCAGUACCAGCCCCUGAGAGAAGACCACCAGGGCGGCUCCACAGUCACAUCAGUGCCUCUGUUGUUGUGGAACCUGCUGAGCCGACAGUCACCGGGGGAGAGCCGCCCGCUGCUGCAGGGGCGAGUUGUGUAA